AUGUCACUUUCUCAUACUAUCUACAAUUUUGCUCAGGCCAACCAGAGCACUGCCUUGCAACAACACACCAUACCUGUGAAUCCUGCCAGGCUCCCGCGAGAACAGGAGGUCAGUGAUAUGUUUAGAUAUCUGGAAAGGACCAAGCAGUUAUUGCAGCAAGUCGGUCCACCACAAACAUCUUCAGGGCUCCAACCAGGUCUUCAGCCUCCUCAGCAACAACACAUGAUCAGUAUGCCCAAUCCCAUGACGAUACCAGUGAAUUCAUCGGCAGGAGUUCCAAGGCCAGAUCUGCCCGUGGUUCUUUCAACACGAUGUUGCAAUUGUAGUAGAUUUGUUGCUCGCGCAUCGCGACAGCGAUCUCAUAGGGGACCGACCUUAUGCCGAGAUUGUACUUCUUAUCAAACGAGGCAGGAUGCUAAGCGGAGCUCUAGACGUGAUCGGCCACUCUGA